GCAGUUUUAGGUUUUGUUUCCGGGGUUGUCUUUUCAGCAUAAGUCAGGAAGCAUGCUAGCUAACCUAACAGUUUAAGAACUGAGAAGAUCAAAUGUUUCAGUCGAAUUAUAGAUGUCUUUAUUAAAGGCAAACGUGCGUACUCUGAAAUGACUUAAGGAAGCGGUGACUUUAGCCGAAGAGAGCGGUAAAGAGUGUCAGGUCAAGAUGAUAGAACCAGAGCUUCUGACUGAGGUCCCUGCUUCACUCAAGCGGCUAGCCAAGCAGGUCGUAAGGGGUUUCUAUGGAGUGGAACAUGCCUUGGCCCUGGAUGUGCUUAUCCGCAACCCAUGUGUACGUGAGGAGGACAUGCUGGAGCUGCUGAAGUUUGACCGCAAACAGCUGCGCUCAGUGCUCAACACCCUGAAGGCAGACAAGUUUGUCAAGUGCCGCAUGAGAGUGGAGACGGCUCCUGAUGGCAAGACAACGCGGCACAACUACUACUUUAUCAACUACAGGGUACUCGUCAAUGUGGUCAAGUAUAAAUUGGAUCACAUGCGCCGGCGCAUUGAGACAGAUGAGCGAGACUCCACCAACCGUGCCUCCUUCAGGUGCCCCUGCUGCUUCUCCACUUUCACUGACCUAGAAGCCAACCAGCUGUUUGACCCCAUGACAGGUUCAUUUCGCUGCACCUUCUGUCAGACGGAGGUAGAAGAGGAUGAGUCCGUCUGUCCCGAUGCCAGGACGCUGGUGGCUCGCUUCAACGAGCAGAUCGAACCCAUCUAUGCGCUGCUACGUGAGACCGAAGAUGUGAACUUGUCCCAUGACUUGCUGGAGCCUGAGCCCUCUGAGAUCCCCGCCCUCAAACAGAGCCGUGAACGUGCUGCAGCAGCUGGAGCAAAUGCUGGCGGCCCACACCGUGAAGCUUGGUCCACCAAAGGCUCCUCCUAUGCUGACCUGUACACUCAGAAUGUGGUCAUCAGCAUGGAGGAGCACGAAGAACAGCUGAAGGCGGCCAGUGAGGGCAAGGCACCUAAGGAGAGGCCUGUGUGGUUGACCCAGAGCACCGUGCAGGGUGCUUACAACGACGCGGACGCCCUCAAGAACCAUGGAGACGUUGGACCCGGAGCUCAGGAUGGAGCAGCUGGUCUUGGAAUUGGCCAGUCAGACGAAAACGAGGAAGUGAUGCGCGCCCUGCUCAUCCACGAGAAGAGAGCCGUUGCAAGCGGAGGUGCAAGUGCAGCGAGCGCCGCCACCAGAGGCCUCACUUCCACCACAGCUAACGCCAGCGACUCCGACAGCGACACCAGCGAAUCAGAUGAAGACUCUCCGUCAAAUCCUCCACCUGCCGCCGCUGCUCAGCAUCGGGCAGUCGAGGACGACGAAGACGACGACGAUGAGUUUGAGGAGGUUGGAGAUGAGCCGAUGGUGAUGGUGGGAGGACGGCCGUGCUCGUACCGAGAGGUCAGCCAGAGGCCGGAGCUGGUGGAACAGAUGUCUGCUCAGGAGAAGGAGGCUUACAUUGAAAUGGGACAAAACCUCUUCCAGGACAUGUACUUCUAAAUAGACACACAGUUUAUAUUUGCAUACAAACAGGAUGAAACAGUUUGAUGGUUCCUGAACGUAUACUUCUGCUGUGUCAUACCGUCAAUAAGUGAUAUCAGGAAAUAUUUUUAGAUGUCUCUGCUGCUCAAGAAGUAUUUACAACCCGCUUCAUGCUCCUGAAUUAUAAAAAAAACAAAGAGGACAUGCUUUGACAGUGUUGAGAAAGUGGUCACACCUUGAGUAUUCUGUCCUCAGUAUUUAAUAUUCUCAGUCAACGACCCAGAAGGGAGCUUGCCGGCUGCAGUUUGCCAACGUGUUUUGUGCUAGUUGUGUUGUCUUCAUUUCAUUCCAGCUCUAAGUUUAACAAGCCUGUCUUGCGCCUGUGACAUUCGGCUAUAUAUUUCAGUUCCUCCGACUCAUGUGUAUUACUACAUUGGUUAUGUUUUUGGGCUGUGAGCUCUGCCAAAGGACCUCUGAGUGCAUAGCAGUACCGUGGCUGAACGUAAGCAGUGUGAUACCGUAGUCUGAUGCUGCUACAAGGUGUGAGAAUGAGUAUUUUUCUGUUUUCUUGGUUCUUCAAGUUCGUCUCGAGCAAGAGGAACGAACAAGAUGAGGACAAAAUGAUGUACAGUAAAGCAUUUGUUAUUCUGAACCAUCUGUAAUAAAACGAAACUGCAGUACAGUAUUUGUAUAACAA